AUGCAUCUGCCGCGCUCGACGACCAUCAUCACAUCCGCAGUCGUCCUCUUGACCACAAUCUUCUUGGCCAGCACCUACAAGGGCCUCUUCACACGCCUGCCGCUUCUUUUCGAAAAAUCCGACAUCACGGAUCAAGACACUAUGGGUGGCGGUCCAGAACAAGGCUACCGCUCCGUCGCCUAUUUUGUCAAUUGGGCAAUCUAUGCGCGCAAGCACCGUCCCCAGGACCUCCCCGUCGAGCAACUCACCCACAUCCUCUAUGCCUUUGCCAACGUCCGCUCCGACUCGGGCGAGGUUUACCUCACCGACGGCUGGGCCGACACUGAUAUCCACUGGGAGGGCGACAGCUGGAAUGACGUCGGCACGAACCUCUACGGCUGCAUGAAGCAGCUCAACCUCCUGAAGCGCCGCAACCGCAACCUCAAAAUCCUGCUGUCCAUCGGCGGCUGGACCUAUUCGUCCAACUUCAAGGGCCCCGCCAGCACCCCCCAGGGCCGCGAGACCUUUGCCCGCAGCUGCGUCGACCUCAUCAAGAACCUCGGUUUCGACGGCAUCGAUAUCGACUGGGAGUACCCCCAGACCCCCGGGGAAGCCGCCGACUUUGUCGCCCUCCUUCAGGCCGUCCGCUCCGCCAUGGACCAGUACGCCUCGACGCUGCCCGAGUGGUACCACUUCGAGCUCACCGUCGCCUGCCCCGCCGGCGCGCAGAACUACGAGCGGCUCGACCUGCCCGCCAUGGAUGCCCUGCUUGACUUCUGGAACCUGAUGGCUUACGACUACGCCGGCUCAUGGGACAGCCUCGCUGGCCACCAGUCCAACCUGCAGCCGUGCCAGGGCAACCCGGGCUCGACGCCCUUCAGCACAGCCGCGGCACUGGCGCACUACACGUCCCACGGCGUGGCGCCCAGCAAGAUCGUGCUUGGUAUGCCGCUCUACGGCCGCGCCUUUGAGAACACAGACGGGCCCGGCAGCCCAUUCUCGGGCGUCGGCGAGGGGAGCUGGGAGAAUGGCGUGUACGACUACAAGGCGCUGCCGCUGCCGGGGUCCGAGGAGCACCACGACUACGAGACGGGCGCGAGCUAUUCGUACGACGCAGCGCGGAGGAAGAUGGUGACGUACGACACGGUGCAUAUGGCGCGGACCAAGGCCCAGUACAUCCGCACAUGGGGUCUCGGCGGCGCCAUGUGGUGGGAGAGCAGCGCCGACAAGCCGGGGCCCGAGUCCCUCAUCGGGAACGUCGUCCACACGCUCGGCGGGCCUGGCGCCCUGCUGCGGAGAGACAACUGCCUCACGUAUCCCGAGACCAAGUACGACAAUCUGCGGAACGGCUUCCAAGGUUAG